AUGCAUGCAAAGAGCAAGCUUGUUUUUGAGCAGAAGUACCAGGAAUUUGUUUCCCAGUUUUCUGAACACAGAAAUUUUGUUAAGUACAUUGGUAGAUCAAGAAACUUCUGGGUUGACUGGUUAGUUUACAUGCUCUCCCAAGUAGUAGAGCAUGACUAUAGACAAGAGGGUCUCAGGAUUGUGUAUGGGUUCAAGAAGCUUGUUUUAACACAUACUGAAAAGGCAAAGAAGAAGAAGGCACAAGAAAUUGUCUAUGAAGAUGCUCUUAGUAUGGUCAAGGCUGUUGAAGACACUCUUGGUCAAAAAAGAAAUACUGUCAAUCUGCUCUUGUUCAGACCCAAAUCAUUUGUGCAAGCAUAUUUUUUGGUCUGCAGGAUGAUGGAACCUCAGUACUCAUUAAUCAAAAAGCUUCCUAUUGUUCAGAAUCAAGAUACAAACUUGUGCAAGAAAAUUGAGCAAGCCAUGACAAAACAAAAUGUCAUGGCCAUGGAUAGUCCCUGUGGAAUGGACGUUUCUGUUCAGAUUUUCAGGGACUGUCUCUCUUCGCUAAAAGAAGCAGGUGCUGGACCCCAGCAGAAUCAACUGUUCCUGGUUGCUUGUGUCGUGCCUAAUUUUGGUGAUACAAGUUCUAGUGACUUGUUCUUACAAAAGAAGCAGGAAUUAGAAUGA